AUGGUUGACACAAUUGACAACUUGCUCAAAAACUUAUCCAAAUGUCAAGUCCACCUAAAAAAUUGAGAAAAUACAAUUCUAUUUUCCAUUGUAGAUAUAAGAGGAAAUAUUCCACUGAUCAGUAGUUCUUAGACAAAGUUGACUUAGAAAGCUUGGAAUAGAGUUACUUACGAUUCAUUUACUAAAGAAGAAGAGCUAUGGCAUUGGAAGAGGCUGUUGUUUCGUUUGUGAUUGAAAGGCUUGGAGACUUGCUAAUUAAUGAAGCCAAGUUCUUGUAUGGAGUCAAAGGCCAAGUCAAGAAUGCAAAGAUCAAGCUGCAAUGUAUGAGGGCUUUCUUAAAAGACGCAGAUGCUUGUGUUAGAAAUGGUGAUGAGAGGGUUCGCCUUUUGGUUGUCCAAAUCAGAGAAAAUUCUUAUACCUUGGAGGAUGUUAUUGAAACUUAUGUCUUCAAAGUGGCUUCUAAUAACGAGAGUGUUGGAACUAUCAGACGUGUACUGAAAUGGUCAGCUCAAAUUAUUCAUGUCUACAAAGUUGGAUCAAAGAUAAAGGAGAUCUCAUCAAACAUUGAUGCUUGGACGUCAGAAUUAGAAAAAUAUGGAGUACAGAGAUCAAUGGACAAGGCAGCUGAAACUUCUUCAAGCUAUGUCCAAGAGCGAAGACAGUUGAGGCAAGCUUAUUCUCAUGUUGAAGACAACCAUGUUGUUGGAUUCGACAAAGACAUCGAAGAGUUGGUAGCCCUUUUGACUGAACAAAAUAACCCUCAUAAGCCUUAUAAGGUGAUCUCUGUGUAUGGGAUGGGUGGUUUGGGGAAGACCACUCUUGCAAGAAAGGUAUAUCAACACCCCCAAGUCAGGACUCACUUUUUUUGUUGUGCUUGGGCCUCAAUAUCUCAGCAAUGUAAUACACGCGCUGUCAUGGAAGGAAUUUUAUUUGCUUUCACUUCUCCCACAGAUGCACAAAGAAAUCAUAUCAAAAGCUUAAGUGAUGUUGAAUUAACCAAGAAGCUUCACGACUUUCAGAAAGAGUGGAAAUGUUUGGUGCUCCUUGAUGAUAUAUGGACCACUAAAACUUGGGAUCUUCUAAAACAUGCAUUCCCUCAAGGAGACACAGAUAGCAAGAUCUUACUCACCACUCGGAAUAAAGAUGUAGCUGAGCAUGUGGAUCGACAUGGUUUCAUCCAUGAACCUCAUUUGCUCGAUGACAAGGAGAGUUGGGAGCUGUUUCAGAACAAGUACUCCUCUCCUGGAAUGGAAUCAACGGAUUCAGACUCGGAUGAUAAUGAAAGGAAGAAAGAACUAGCGGUUGAGAUGCUUAAAAAGUGCGCUGGUUUGCCAUUAGCCAUCAUCGUGCUCGCUGGGCUUCUGUCUAAGAAACACACCAUAUAUGAGUGGGAGCAGAUGAAAAGAAACAUAGUGCGCUGCAUAGGUCAAGGUGAACAACACGAUGACUCAAAAUACCGUAGUGUUUGGGGGGUGUUAGGUUUGAGUUACAAUGAGUUACCAUGUCACUUGAAGCCUUGUUUUUUGUUCUUGUCUCGCUACGCUGAAGAUACUGUGAUAAGAGUAAAAGAGUUAUUCCUUAUACUCAUAGCAGAAGGUUUUAUAUCAUUAAGAGGAAGUUGUAUGGAAACCAUCGAGGAUGUGGCAUAUGAUUGCUUAAGUGAGUUGGUGGAGAGGAGCAUGAUUCAGGUCAAAGAUAUGAGUUCAACAGGAACGAUAAAAUCAUUUUGCAUUCAUGAUCUCAUGCGAGAUUUGUGCGUGUCUAAAGCUCGAGAUGAAAACUUUCUACAUUUUAUUGAUUUGAGGAAUAAAGUGGAAGAGCCAAUUGAAUCAGUGUCCACUGUCCCGAUAACAAAUGUACGAAGACUUGCCAUUUAUUGUGAUCGUGAAAGUACUGGUAAUGAUUUUGUUCAUAUGGUUCGAAAUAUGGAUGGCUCUCUUAGGUACCUUUCUGUACAUGAGCGACACAUUGCGUUCGAAGGAGGAGUAUUCAGACAUGUCUGCAAUCGCUUUCUGAUGCUUAGAGUUCUGAUCAUUGAUGACAUGCGGGAUUUUGAACGUACCACCACGUUGCCUAAAGAAAUUGGAAAUCUUAUCCACCUAAGGUUAUUUAGUAUGCCUAACAGCCGAAUAAAAAUGAUUCCUUCUUAUUUUGGGAAUUGGAGAUGCCUGCAAACUUUGAGAGUAUGGACCAAUAGUAAUAAAAUACCAAAUUCAAUGUGCAAGUUGGAACAGUUGAGGCAUCUAUAUUUUUUAAAUAUUUCUAUUGGCGUAGAAAUUGGUGAAUUCUUGAGGUCAACUAUGUCUAGAAAUUUAUUACAGACAUUGGUAGGUAUUCAUUCCAAGCAUCUUGUUCUGAGUGAUUUGCUACAGCUGAAGAAUCUCAAGAAAUUAGCAAUUGAUGUGGAUGGAAAUUUUGACUCAUUCUUACACAAUCCCCAAACUCUCACAUUCACUCGUCUUUUGUCUUUACAAGUAAAAAAGAGAGACUUCGUCAAGAUAGAUAUUGUUCCUUUGAUUUUAAGCUGUCCUCAAAUUUAUAAGCUUACACUGGACUCGCUUGUAGUAAGAUUACCACAAGUCAACCAAUUCUCCCCAAAUCUUAUCAAGUUAAGAUUGUUUAAUCUGAGACUUGAGGAUGAUCCAAUGCCAACAUUAGAAAAGCUACCAAAAUUAAGAGUCCUUCUCAUUUCUAUAAAUUGCUUUAUGGGGGAUGAGAUGGUGUGCUCAAGAGGAGGUUUCAAUCGACUUGAAUCUCUUGAGCUUAUUGGUCUACGAGGAUUAAAAGAGUGGAAGGUGGAGGAGAGUGCAUUGUCUAGACUUGGCUAUUUGCGUAUUGAACAAUGCAGGGGAUUGAGGAGAGUUCCAGAUGGAUUAAGAAACAUUCUUACACUCAAUCAUAUGGAGAUACGUCAUAUGCCUAAGAAAUUCAAAGAAAGGAUGGAAGAAGGAGGAGAGGAUUUCUAUAAAGUCAAGCACGUCACAUCUCGUGUGUUUAUCGACUGUGAUUCAGAAUAUGCGUCUGACUAUAGAUGAAUAUAAGUGGGGGUAUCGUCUUUGCACUAUACAAUCAAAUCAACAUUUGGAGGAUUUGUUUACCAGUGUGUUGAAUAAUGUUUGAUUCUGUGUAUUUUCUCCUAGCAAAACUAAUUGUUGAAUAAGAUUGGGUUAUGAUUGUUUUAGCGAAGGGUCAUUGGAUGUUCUUGUGGAUUAUGGAGUUGAUGCUUUAGCUGAUAAGGAGAGGCUUAUGAUGUAUGUAGUGAUGGUUUCCAUGUACAUGUGGUGUGUUCAAGAAAAUCCAUUUCUUAGACCAAAUAUGAGAAGGGUUGUUCAGAUGCUUCAAA